UUUUAUUUUAUGGUAAAGGGAAAGGUAUAAUUACAAAGUACAAUUGGUCUGAGGAUGAAUAAUAAAAAAUAUGCACUCCACCGACCAUACUUGGCAGGAGAGGGGCGGUGUCUACCGCCAUAUUAACUAAGGGAAAAUCCAUCCUAUAUGGAAAACGGAGAAGUUCUGCCGGAAAGGGCGGAUGGGUUGAAAAUAAGUUAUCCAAUCGAAUGAAUACAAGCUGGAAAUCAACCAAUGGGAAUGCGGAGUGGCGUGACACGACUUCCGGGGCUUCUUCUUGGCCUGGACGCCGCAGGUAGUAAGGUGCUGCUGUCUAGGCUGAUAGCGGAGCUGGCGGGCAGGCUGGUGUGGCGGGGAAGCGGUGAGCAUGUGUCUGUGAAGCGGACACCGGGCAGCGGCUAUAAGACGUGCGGAAGAUAAAGGCCGGAUGUUCCAUCCAGGACUGGGCUGUGCAGGACGCAUCCCCUCAGUGUACGGGCUGCUAGGUGAGUAUUGUGCGCGCUGUGUGCACCGGCAUUACCUUAUAUGGAUGGGAGCUCCGCCCAUGUCCCGUGCAGGAGGCAGGAUACCCGGACACCUGUGUAUGGUGAUUCAUGGCCGGGGACGUGGAAGGGUACUCUUCUUCAAUCCAUGACAGCAGUGUCACUGCAGGAUUCAGGGCACUGUAUGAAGAAGGCCUGUUGGUUGAUGUCACCCUUGUGAUAGAGGAUCACCAGUUUCAAGCACACAAGGCACUGCUGGCCACUCAGAGUGACUACUUCCGCAUCAUGUUUACAGCAGACAUGAGAGAACGUGAUCAGGACAAGAUCUACCUUAAGGGAUUGACAGCUACAGGCUUCAGCCAUGUGCUGCAGUUUAUGUACUAUGGUAACAUAGACCUUAGCAUGGCUACCGUCCAUGAAAUCCUGCAAGCGGCUAUGUAUGUGCAGUUGACUGAAGUUGUAAAAUUUUGCUGUUCUUUCCUCAUGGCUAAAAUUUGCCUGGACAACUGUGCAGAAAUCAUGAGGCUUCUGGAUGACUUCAGUGUUGACGUUGAAGGUGUCAGGGAGAAGCUUGACACAUUUCUGUUGGAGAACUUUGUUCCCCUUAUGGCUAGACCUGACUUUCUUUCCUACCUUAGCUUUGAAAAGCUCAAGAGCUACCUGGACAAUGACCGUCUGAGUCGGUUCCCCGAGAUUGAGCUGUAUGAAGCUGUUCAGGCUUGGCUGCGACAUGAUAGGAGACGCUGGAGACACACAGAUACCAUCAUUCAGAACAUCAGGUUUUGUUUGAUGACUCCAUCCCAUGUCUAUGAGAAGGUGAAAACCUCAGAGUUUUACAGAUAUUCACGUCAGCUUAGGCACGAAGUUGAACAGGCAUUAAACUACUUUCACAAUGUAAGUGAGCAACCCUUAAUGGAGAUGAAAUCUAACCAUAUCCGAUCUGCCAAACCUCAUACGGCAGUGUUCCGAGGGAUGAUAGGACAUAGCAUGGUAAAUAGUAAAAUUCUUCUUUUGCACAAGCCCCGUGUUUGGUGGGAACUUGAAGGACCUCUAGUACCUCUACGACCUGACUGCCUGGCAAUAGUCAACAAUUUUGUCUUCUUACUUGGAGGAGAAGAACUGGGCCCGGAUGGAGAAUUUCACGCUUCAUCAAAAGUAUUCAGAUAUGACCCUCGCCAAAACACUUGGGUACGAAUGUCUGACAUGUCUGUACCUCGGUCUGAGUUUGCAGUGGGUGUUAUCGGGCGAUAUAUUUAUGCAGUGGCCGGAAGGACGAGAGAUGAAACCUUUUAUUCAACAGAGCGCUAUGAUAUCAUAGAGAACAAAUGGGAAUUUGUGGAUCCUUAUCCAGUUAAUAAGUACGGCCAUGAGGGCACAGUUCUCAACAACAAGCUGUUUAUCACUGGUGGGAUUACGUCAUCUUCAACAUCCAAGCAAGUUUGUGUAUUUGACCCAAGUAAAGAAGGAACGGUAGAACAGAGAACUCGGAGAACACAGGUGCACACAAACUGCUGGGAGAACAAGUGCAAAAUGAACUAUGCCAGAUGUUUUCACAAGAUGAUAUGUUACAAUGGCAAACUUUAUGUCUUUGGAGGUGUUUGUGUUAUUUUAAGAGCAUCUUUUGAAUCACAGGGCUGUCCUUCAACGGAGGUUUAUGACCCGGAUGCCGAUCAGUGGACUAUUCUGGCAUCUAUGCCCAUUGGCAGGAGUGGUCAUGGAGUAGCUGUGCUGGAUAAACAGAUCAUGGUGCUUGGUGGACUCUGUUAUAAUGGCCAUUAUAGCGACUCCAUCCUUACUUUUGACCCAGAGGAGAACAAAUGGAAAGAGGAUGAAUACCCCAGAAUGCCUUGCAAGCUGGAUGGCUUACAAGUAUGCAGUCUCCAUUUUCCAGAAUACGUUUUAGAGCACGUAAAACGCUGCACUUAAUAGUAAUAUAUAAUAAACUCCUGUUAUCAGUUUUAUGUCUUAAGCAACUCAGAUCUUUGCUCUUUCUAUGCUUUGUGUAAGCUCAAUAUUUAAAUGCUUUCAGUGAAACAGGGAGCAAACCGUUCUGAAAAAAUCCAAAACUGCAAGUGGGUCUGGUCUGAAUUUUGCCUAAUUUCAAAUUGGUGUGAGUAAAUUUUAUACAUUUAAUUUUUUUAUUUUUUUUUUAUGCCCUUACUUGAACACCUAUUUGACUUUUUAGUUUUUUAAUACUGAAUUUGCCAUAUGGCAUGCAAAUGAGAAACGUUAAAUAUUCAGUAAUGGCUUUUAAAAUUAAACAUGUGCUAAGGUUUUUUUUCCUGUGCAAAUAUCAACCUUUUACAAUAUCUGCAUGACUCAGGCCUUUUGCUACCUCCUAUAUUCUUUUAUGGCUGCAGCAUUUCUCAUAGUAUUGAAAUACAUGACCACUUCAUCAGGUCCAUAAACUUGACUUCCCAAAACAAAAAACGUGGCAGCUGUCAAUGAAGGUGCACAAAGCACAACUAUUUAUUGAGGUUUGCAGAACCCUCAGAAUAAAGGGACAACUUUUAGCUAAUAAAUGUGUAUUAUUGCACAAAUGACUGUAAAUGAAUGUUUUCUUAAAACACCCUAGUUUUUCCUUUACAACUGGAACAUGCACACCUCCCGUAAUAUGGUUCAGCCCUUUAGUAUUGAGAAGGCUUUUACAGGUUCACUAAAUAUAAAAUACAGGUUGAAAUUAUGUACGUAAAAUAUACAAGAUAAACUACUGGUUCAUGCUAUAUUAUACACAUGUAUUAAUUUAAAGUAGUUAACCC